GACAUGCGGGGUGGACUAGCCCCGUGCUGGGCGUCCCCCCGCAUGUCAGAGUAAGUGAUCGUAGCCGUGCUAAAUUUUGCACGGCUACAAUCAACUCUGAAUUAGGCUCAAUAUGAUUCUGAAAUGUUGCAUUUUGUUUACAAAAAAAGCACAUGACAACAAUAAAAACUAGCUUGGGAACGCUGAAAGAUACUGUAGAUAUAAACUGCCGCUUACAGGACUUUCUAAAUACAGAAUGAAAGUUUAGCAUGUAACAAGUCCUGUGUGUGCCAGGCUACCUAAGCUAUUUGUAUUUUUAUUGCAAAGCAGCACGUACAGUAUGCAGGCUUUCACACAAUGUGAGCUGGAUUGCCCCACUCUGUACACACAGACUAGUUACUAUUUGUGUGUUGCAAUACUCAGGAUAUGUUACACUACAGGGGAAGCACAGGGGACCUGUCACACUACUUGUGUAUCUAGAAUAUAGGUGCAGCCAGAGACACAAUGAUCUCUCGCCAGCCCGCCGCCUGCUUCAGCUGGUGACAGUCUGCUGUACUACACUGACAUUUGCAGAUCAGCUGUGCGCUCUCCCCUCCACCUCUGUCCCUCCCUCUGCUGCUUUGAAUGAGAAAAAAAAAAUUAGAGGCAGCUCUGUGUGCUGGAUGGGCUGGAUUCCCUCCAGAUCAUCUCAGUGGAUCAGCAGCUCAGGGGAGCACUCGUCGUUUCUAGACCAGAGCUGAGCAAGGCUGCAGUGUCCCCUGGAAGGACCCGCACCUGAAUGCAGCGAGAAGCCGGCACCAUCCGAGAGCUUGGCCUAAAAGGGGUUCUGUGUGUGCCCAGUAGGAGACUCUCGGAACUGUCUGUGAUCUGUGAAUCAGAAGUGGGGAAGAAAUAAACAUCCAUUGGAUCAGGUUUUCCUGGGAGUGGACUGAGGCUCUGCCAGACAUGGUAGGUCAUCUGAAUUUACAAGGAAUGGAAGACAGUUUGAAGGACAAAAAUCGUGAAGGUUUAUUGGAUAGUCCGGAUUCUGGCCUCCCACCGAGCCCCAGUCCUCCUUUCUACUCUAUUUCCCCUGGCAUUUCUGAGGGCAGAGCUGAGGGCAGCACCACACCGACACAAUACCAAGGAUAUGCCGACAGGAAGGAAGUCAAAGAAGGCAGGGUGAUUCCAUAUGUCCUUCUCAACAGCACCGCAAUAGAGGCACGGCCAAGGAUGCACCCAGUUGUGUUCGGGGAAAGUAUUGAAGUCAAUCCAGAACCAGUUCGGGAAAUCAGGUGCAAUUCUGAAAUCAAAUACGAUUCAGAGAAGCAUUAUCGAGAUCAUGUGUUCUAUGCCCCAAUUCCUACAGUCACUUCUUUCAGCGAAACAAUCAUCUCCACUCCAAACUGCACAUGGAGGAAUUUCAAAUCUCAGCUAGUUUUCGAGCCUCGCAACAAGCCCCUGAGGUUUCAAAGCACCACCAUCAUUUUCCCUAAACAUGCCAAGAACAUUUACAGAACGACGCUCAAUUACAACUGCGGGGGUGUCAAGAAAUGGUUUGCUUCCAGUGUGCAACUGGAACUCUGCGAGGAAACAAGCCCCUGUAUUAUAUACACAGAUAAUCUUUAAUCCAGUUACAGAUUUUAAAAUUACCAACCGGACUGGCCUUACAAACAUGAGGCGAUCUAUAGCCUAAAAAGUUUGGAUCCUUGUAAACUAACAUCAUUGAACAUUUCCUGACCAUAACUGAGAGAGAAGAAUAAGGCAUGGGUACUGGUUUAACCAGUAUCUUUCAAGUGAAUAAUGUAUGUCUUGUAUUGUUAUCUGUUUAUUUCUUUCUCUGUUGUACAUAGAAUAUCAAACAUUUUACGCUUGUUAAACUUGGAAGAUUUGGCAACAAAUGUAAAAGUCAGAUUUAGCCCAUUGUUGGUGAAAGACUGGCUAAUAUGUACUGAUUGUUCAUCCUCUAAUAUUAAUGUACAAGAUGAACUAUGAAUAUGUUGACAGACUUUAAAGGUAGAGCGGUGUGUAAGUUUAAACCCAUCACUGGAUUGUCCAGGGUAAACCAGUGAAGACAUAAUUCCCCAGCAGAUAUCUACUGAUGGGUCUGUGUUUUACGUUUGGGGAUAUGAAAUGUGUAGACGAGAAGCAGGUCGGGUGGUCAGCUCUUAUACAGAGGGAUCUGUGCAAUGGGUGGUUUGGCUGUAUAGCAGCUACCAAAAAGUGAUUAACAUGUAAUGUAGAGUUAAGUCUGCAGGAAGGAGGUUUAGCGGAAGAAAAUGCCAACCCCGAGCAGAGUUACUUUAGUUUGGAACCUCAGCCUCUUCCACUAGCUGAGGAAAUAUGGAAAGGUUUUAUACAUUAUUAUACUAAUAACUUCUCCUGUAACAAUUUGGUUCCUUGCAAUGAAUGUAUCUAUGGUACAUUCUGUUGCUUCUCGAGGAAUCGAUGUCCAUUGUAUAAGAUACAUCAAAAAAGAGCUUUGUUAUAUUGCCCUCAAAUGAGAAUUAUAGGGAAUCUUAUCACUGAUCAUGUUAUUUAAGAUGGACGUGUAUAUAGCACAUUGACUCUUAAGGGACACAGGGGAAACUUAGUAAAACUUGGAGAGAGAUAAAGUGGAGAGACAUAAAGUACCAAUGAAUCAGCUCCUAUCUGCCAGUUUAUAGGCUUUGUACAGGAGCUGAUUGGUUGGCACUUUAUGUCCCUCCAUUUUAUUACUCUCCAAACUUUGAUAAAUUUUCCCCUUUAGUAGUGACCCCCUGCUACUACAGAAUGCCAAUGACUACUUUGCCGGUGUAAUAUUAUGUAGCAUGUGAAGUACCAACAUCCGCCGAGCAGUAUAAUGGACACUUACAUUGAACAGUACUAAUAUGGAAUCUUAGUAUGUGUGUGAAGGGAGGUUCCACAGUUGCCAGACUAUUGUAACUCUUUAUGAAGUAAGGAUUUCCUCAUAUCCAGGGUUGCGUUGCUUAACUUAUCCUACCUUACAUUCCACGUGUAUUUGCUGUUCAUGUCACGUGUGUUUGGUUUAAUCAGACAGGACAGACAUGAGGUGGUCUGUAUACAUGGGCAUUAUGAAAAAUGGUACAUGUAAUAAUAAUAAACUUGCUUAAUAUACUGCAAUCUUACUAAUUGCUAGUGUCUAUGGACCCUCUGAUCUCUGUGCUGUGCUUUUGCAAUGUAAAGUACAUACUCUACAAUGGAUUUGACAUCUGAGAUUAAAUGUCCAUAUGUAUAACAUUAAGUAAUGGCAUUCAAAGUGGGCAGUGGCUGACAGAUGUAUAAAUGACAACAAAUUCUAAUUACAUCCUUAAUAGCUGGCUUCAGAAAAUGCUUUAUAUGCUGCAUUUGGGCUAUGCACCAUAUGGCAUAAUGUAUAUACUGGAAAAAAUCAACAGUUCAUAUUUAAAAAUACAACUACAUUCUUUUAGGAUGCCGGGUAAAAUACACAAUUUAGGAUUAGAUAAUAUUAGUUCAGUAGAUUAGUUUUGAGUGUGUUCUAUGCUAAAGUAAAUGCCACACUUUUUUUUGUAAUUCAUGUAAAGCAGUUGCUACAAGGUAAUGAUGCCCACGUUGUUUUUUUACUGAUUUACAGGUAAACAAUCAAUAUUUAAGUAAUUUCACACAAUUCAUUCACUUAUGAUUUGGGUAUAUAAACUAGUGUAUAUUGGGGGUCAUUCCGAGUUGUUCGCUGUUAUUUUUUUUUCGCUACGAAGCGAUUAGUCGCAAACUGCGCAUGCGCAAUGUACGCAGGGCGCCUGCGCCAAGUAAAUUAGCACAAAAGUUUGGUAUUUUACUCACGGCGUAAUGAAGUUUUUUCAUUGUUCUGCUGAUCGUAGUGUGAUUGACAGGAAGUGGGGGUUUCUGGGCGGAAACUGGACGUUUUCUGGGAGUGGGCGGAAAAACGCAGGAGUGUCUGGAGAAACGGGGGAGUGGCUGGCCGAACGCUGGGCGUGUGUGUGACGUCAAACCAGCAACGAAACUGACUGAACUGAUCGCUAUUUGUGAGUAGCUCUCGAGCUACUCAGAAACUGCUAAGGAAUUUCUAUUCGCAAUUCUGCUACUCUUUCGUUCGCAAUUCUGCUAAGCUAAGAUACACUCCCAGAGGGUGGCGGCUUAGCGUGUGCAAUGCUGCUAAAAGCAGCUAGUGAGUGAACAACUCGGAAUGACCCCAUUGAUUAGGCAUGACCAUAUAGCCGUAUGAGCGCUAAUGUUCCCUGCUUUCACUACUUUUUUAUGUUAGAUAGCAUUUUUUAUUAUUUUUUAUUCCCUCUUACCGUAAAUUUCUGUUAUUUACGUUGUUGUUACAAUGCUGCUGGAAAAAUUGUUAGUUAUCAUAUGGGGAAUAUAAAUGUAAAAAAAAACAUUUUUGUGGUCAUAUUUAAAAUAUGAGCACUCUCCUUAUUUAUUUUAUUGCCAUCUGGGGAUAGAUUUAAGCCACUCCGCAAAUCUCUUCAUACACGGAUUGAACAAGACAUUAGCAGACGGACAACAGUCAGUGCCCCUCUGUCUGUAAACGAUCGUUGAGACAAACCCAGAAACUAGGGCUUCUGCCCCACAUGCCAGCAUGCAGAAAAUUCAUGAUGCUAAAUUACAGCUGGAGCAUUUUCUUUAUUUAUAACAAUUGUACAAAAUGGCAGGGGGCAGGGAGGGGGUUGGGUGGGUAUUGAUUGCCUGGGUUCAUCUGGGGAUUCUGGUGGGAGCCCGGGACAGUCAUAAAGGUGUAGAAAUGCACCCUCACCCCUCAGAUGUGGCGUAACUAUGCCCCCUCUCUAGUAACUGGGCCCACUUGAUAUCUUAGCCAACCUGAAAAUGGCAGUUCCUUAUUGUUACAAAAUAUUGGGAAUUUUAGAAGAAGCCUUCCAGUCACAUAUGAUUUGCAUUCAAGUUUAAUUAAAAAUACUUUUAAAAUAUAGCUGAUUUGUUUUGUCAUUGGUAAGCAGAAACAAGUCUAGGCCAAAAGAUCUGCAUCUGAUCUGCACUUUGUCUCUGGUAACCACUUCCACCUGCAUGACUUCUCCCCUGCUGCUACUGACUUAUGGACGUCUCUACCAUGCCUGAUCAGACUCUUACAGCCUAUUUAUUACAUCGUACCCUUUUGUCACCUGCUAUGAACCCUCACAACUUAUCCAUUCCCAUACUGACUCCUCUUGUUUAAGCCUCUUCCAGUUAUAAGGUCUGCUUUCUCAUGAGGUGGGACCAUACUAUUUAUUUUCUUGUCUGCAUUUAUUUUGGUUAGGUAGUAUGUCCCUGUUUUAUGUCUGUCUUGUUCUUUCCUACUGUCCAGCGCUGUGGAGCAUUCUGUGGCCUUGCAAAUCUGCUAUAAUAAUAAUAAUAAUAAUACUGGUUGGGCAUAGCUGGGUGUAUUGGAUGUUGUGAGUGUUUGGCAGCUCUAACACACUUAGGGUUAAAAUGAACUUCAGCUUGUAGCACUGGGCUAUACAUACUGAUAAUUGCAAAGUAGCACCUUGAAAUAUUCUUUUUUUUUUUAAAUAUAGAUGUGUGCAGGAGUGUACAGUUCCUUAUAUUUAGACAUAUAAUUAACAUGUGGCUUUAAUACAGUCUGUUUCAUGUGAUGAUUUUAUUCAGGUAUAUAACAGUGCCACAUUCCUAAAUAAAUGGACCGUUUCAUUAUCAACAAAAAUAUUUUAAAAAAACACGUAUUCUACCUUUUGGGAAAACUGCUAUUAAAACAUUCUACUGAUUAAUGGAGCUAUCAUGUUCUGUAUGCAAUAUGCACAAAAUCUGUAAUAUUCCAGUAUUUACAGUUCUUAGAAAAAUAUGUCACCUGCUGUGACUUCAAAUUACGUCUCUACCUAACGGCAACUGCUAAGACUUCCUUCUGUUCAGCAGGACAAAUAGAUGGUUUCAUUUAAUGCUCUAUAGAACAGGGUUUCAAGAUUGUGAAGAAGCAGAGGUCUCUAUAAAGAUGUAAUGGGCCCUACACACUUAGCGAUUACACUGAAAGAUAUGAAUGAUCUCGUGUAUUAAUGAACAAGAUAUCGUUCAUAUCUUUCAGUGUGUAUGCACCAACGAUGAACGAUGCGCAGCCCCGCGUUCGUUCAUCGUUGGCACCGGAUCGUUGAUACAUGCAUGCCAAUAUGGACAAUCUCGUCCAUAUUAGCAUGCAGGGCUAUGGGGCUGGAUGAUAGGGAGAGUGAAGAAACUUCACUUCCCCGUCACUCCCACCACUCCGCCAGGUCCCCCGUCGGGCAACUCUGCAGAAAAUGCCCAGAUUGUAGGGCUUUUAAGAAUGGGCAGCAAUGAUCUUCGGACCUAAUUCAGACUUGAUCGCACCUCUGUAAAUUUGCAGAGGUUUGCGAUUGGAUAGUCACCGCCCAGACAGAGUGAAAUAUUGCCCAGUCCAAGUCUGCAUACGCCGUGCGAAAAGCUUUGUAAAUGCCGGUAAGCUGCAAAUCUGUUCGCAACUCACUCACCAUCUAAUAAUUUUUCCAGUCUAUGCGUAGUCCAGGACUUAUUCCUACAGUGCGAAAGAAACAGGCUGUUCGAACUCCCAGAAAACGGGCAGUUACCACCCCCAAACGUCCGCUUCCUGUCAAAUCAGCCUGCGUUCACCUAGUGAUAAAAAAGCAGGAUUUUUUUGCAGUUUGGCCUCGCGCCUGCCCAUUACGAUUCGUAUGCAUGCGCAGUUGUUCGAUAAUCGGCCGCUGUGCGAUUUAGCACAACAGCGAUCAAGUCUGAAUUAAGUUUUUAAGAGGCGUAAACAUCACAGAGGUGUGCUAAUUGUAUAGGUCCUGAUUCAGAGAUGACAGCAGAGCCCGUCACUUCUGCAUCUUUGUAUAAUAUGCAAAUAGGAUUUAUAUGAUAGGCAAAUAUCACAGUCUUUUGCAAAGAGACUCCAACCACAGGCUUUUUAAAUCCGCCGCUUGUGUACAAAGACGCACCAUCAAAGCUCCGAGCAACCCUAUGCUCUUGGAGAAUGUCGCAAAUAAGCAUCUGGUAACCUGUACAGCUGUAACAAGGACGCAGUCGCGGGCCGUGACGCCUGCUUUUUGUUGUUACCGCCUACUAACGGCCAGUGCCUGUCAUUCACUCUGUGUCCUAAGCCACACAACGAUCGCUGCACAUACACAGUGCAACUCAGACAUAUAGGCAGUAGAAAAAACAUUGAUCAUAUAUGUGAAAAUAUCAGCAUUGCAUCCACCUCUGAAUCAGGCCCAUAAUCACUGAAUCAAUCUUCUAUACCUAGGACAAUAAUAGCUCUGUGAAGUAGUUUGGCAACACACAAGCAUGUGCGUUUAUUGCAGUGUGGUUUUUCAGCAAAUAACAUUCAGCUCAUUCCAGUUUAGGAACGUCUGUAGUAUAAAGCCACUUAUCCGGCUACCACUCAGCUGGGAAACUACUAUUAUUUAUUUUAAUUUCUUUGGCAAUGUGACUUGUACAAUUUCCAUUGUAAUUCACAGUGUUUUCUGCAUUCACAGUAUAUCGGACCUAUCUGCUAUGAGGCUGCUUGCAUAGUUUUGUUGGGUUACGGUAGUUAGGUCGACACAAUGCCAUAAGGUCGACAUGCAUUAGGUCGACAAGGCCGUUAAGUCGACAGGUCAAAAGGUCGACGAGUUUUUCACAUUUUUUUCUUAAUUUUUUGCAUUUUUUCAUCAUUAACGAUCCAUAUGGACUACGAUUGGAACAGUAAUCUGUGCCGAGCGAAGCGAGGCACCUUGCCCGAAGCAUGGUGAGCCAUGUGAGGGGACACGGUGCACUAAUUUGCGUCCCCCGUCACUUAACGGAGAAAACGACACCAAAAACAGUCAAAAACCUCAUGUCGACCUUUUGACCUAGUACAUGUCGACCUAAUGACCAUGUCGACCUAUUGUCCCUGUCGACUGAAUGCAUGUCGACCUUCCAUGGACGACCUAAUGACUGUUGUGUCUAUCCAACGACCCAUACCCGUUUUGUUUCACAAUUUUUUUGAGUCUAUUGGAGGAGUCAAGCAGGUUGGUCAGUUAUCAUGCAGAAAGCAGGCAGGUAUGCAGUACGCACUCAUAUAGCUUGGUGCUGUAUAUGGCUUCUUGCACUGCUGCUAGUCUUAUCCAGUUUCUCAUGUAAUAAACUGUAGCCACAACAAGUUUCAGUAGUAAGAAUCCAUGUUGUAGAAUUCUUUACACUUACAAAUUAAAAAGUGUCAAUUAAAAGGCUUCUUUUUCAAUAAAAUGACUUUAGAAUGUAUUUGUGUUGUUUUUACUGGAAUCCUUUGAGCAAACAGACAUUGCCACACUACAAGUGCAGACAUUAAGGUAAGCAGUCUGUUUUUCUUGUAUCAUUAAAAAUAAUUGGCAGCUUUUUUAUUUCACUAGCGUCUAUGUAAGUAUGGUAAAAAAAAACAACAACAUUAAUUGCAGUAUUCAUAUACUGAGACAGGAUUUGUCAGAACAUCAUUAAUUAUAUCAUAUUAAUAUGCUCACUUAACCUAAUGCUCAGCAUUGUGUGAUAUGCUGCCUGUGCUAUAUCAAAUCAGAGCACAGUACUUACAUAGUAAUUAUAUAAUAGUGCAGCUGAGUAUACAAGACAAUGCUAAAUUAAACACAACUAAAACCUUAUUCUUCUAUAACAGUUUAACUGUUUAUUUCUGAGAAAAAAAACCUAUAGGUGAAAUUCAAUUAGCUGUAGUAAAUUACAAUGGGAGUUAUUUAAUUGUCCACAAUAGCCAUCACUAUCAGGGAAAUAUUUUUUGUCAACCCCCAGGAGGCAGGAGAAAAAAAUCCCCAAUAACUGAACUGUUUUCGCGUUCGUGGCCGCAAAAACACAUUAAUCCGGAAACUUAUCCCGGAUCCAUGUGUUUCUUGGCUACAAUUGAAUUUCCCGAUAAUGACCAAAGGCAAAAAUCUCAAUAAAAGCCUUUUUUUUUUUUUUUUUUUUUUGAGAGCUAAAAUGUAAUGGACACAAUUGAAUUCCUUCCAUGUCCAAAAUAAGUGAAAUGUUUAUGCUUAAAGCAAAACAACACUACAUCACCAUCCAUCAGCUGUGAGCCAGAAUAAUGGUCAGUAGAUUUCUUUAUGUGCAAAAGUGCCAUAUUUAUCCACUUGUCACAUACAUAUGUCAUACACACAUUGCCAUGUUCAAAAUGUCCUCCAUAACAGGGCUUAUCAACUUCAACCCUCCAGUUUUCCCAACAGGUCAUGCUUUGAGAAAUUCUGUCUGUGGAAGCAGGUGUGAUAAUUACUGAUCCAGCAAAAUAGAUCACCUCUGCAUGAUUAAAGAAUUCACAAAACAUGACCUGUACCUCUACUCUAAAAUAGUAUUUUUCAAACUCGGCCUCCAUGGAACCCUAACAGUGUGUGUUUUCAAGUUAUCCUCAGAAAUAUUUAGUAACACCUGUAAUAUAUAGUGUAAGUCAAUUAACACACCUGGAAAACAUGCACUGUUAGGGUUCCAUGAAGGCCAGUUUCAAGAAGCACUGUUCUAGAAAAGGUGUUCUCAACCCUGAAGUAAUCCCCCAUGUUUUGAGAUUUUCUGUCUGCGGUAGCAGGUGGGAUAAUUACUGACCAAGAUAGAUUAACGCACCUGUGCAUGAUUAAAUCUAUCUCGUUGGGGGGUACAAGAAGACUCAAGUUGAGAACCACUGCUCUAGAACAUCAGUCCUUUAAUUAUUAUCCAAUACUGUUGGUUCAGCUGGAAAUUUACCUAUUUGCUUAUUUUUAACAGUUACUAAUGUGAUACCCCCAUGGGGCAUCACUUUUAAGGGCUUCUGUUUGCUGCAUCUUUAUUAAACCUUUGAGGGUGAGUAUCGCGUCAGUUUACCUCCUUCCCCAGAGGUCCUUGCUGGGCUGUAUGAUCCAGUCACACAGGAAUGUUGGCCAAAAGUCAGGCGGAUGUGAAUGUGAAGGAAGGGAAAAUGUGUAACAUUAUGUACUGUAUGAACUGUAUAGGGGUUGUUAUUGGGUAGGAUAUCUUGAGGUUAUAUGAGUGGUUCUGAAAUUUGAUAAGCUUGCCUGAAGAGAUAAGUUUUAAUAAAAUUGUCACUUCAGGUCCAGACUAUUUGGCUGUUACCACAUUAGGAACACCCCAUGAACUCAUUUCAGCAUUUCCACAUGUAUUCUAAAAUUUGGUGUAUUCAAAUCUGUUGUAUUACAUGAGUCAGGCACCAUCUUUGCCUCCUCCAAGUAUAAGUAAAGUCAUUUUGGCCACAUAUCCCUCUUCUUACAAGGAACAACAACCUAAAGCACUCACUGUACCCCUUCAAAUUCGUGUUUUAUCUAGCAAAACCUAAUCUUACAUGGGUGCAUGAGACCAGCAUUCAUUUGAAUCUAGCCCACACUCUAUCAUCACUCCAAUGCAGGACUGCUGUGUUGAAAUCGAUUAGUUUUACUUUCUACAUUUCUCAGUGCCCACAUAGAGUUUUGUAACAUACUGUAGAUUAUUUCCUGAAUUGCUCCAUUUGGAAGAACUAGAGGUCCUGCUUCCUGGCUUCCCAUACAAGAGCUACUGUGGUUGACCGAAAGAAACGCACGUAUUACUUUCAGGGUUGAGGAAGAGAUGAGCUGUUUUCUUUGUAACUGCUAUUCUCUUUACUAUCAUGCUGUAAGGGAACAGUUGUGCUCCGUCAAUGACAGCAGGGGUUAGAAAAAAAAGAUCAAUUGAGGCGGUGUGGUGGAACUACCUACCAUCCUGUUUGGUGGGUGAAGGUUUAGCACUUGGAGCAUCAGAAGUUUCAGGGAACCUGAUGAAGACUAUAGUGUGCACCAUCAUACUUUCCUACUUUUGAAAACUAGAAUCAGGGAGAUUACAGUAAGAUGUGCUACAUGCCGCCGAGGGGUUGUGUCAUACUCUGCCCAAAGGGUGUGUCUAGUUCCACAAUUGGGUGUGUAUAUGCUUCUUAUGAGAUGUUUGUAUAUAACAUUAGGCACAAUUUAUUUUGAGAAGUUUUGCAAGUAUCCAAAAAUAUACUGGUAGGUUAAUUGGCUCACAAUACAAAAUAACCCUAGUGUGAUUGUGUGUACAUGUAGCAGGGAAUAUAGAUUGUAAGCUCCACUGGGGCAGGGUCUGAUGUGAAUGGCAAAAUAUUCUCUGUAAAGCACUGCAGAAUAUGUGUGCGCUAUAUAAAUAACUAGUAAUAAAUAAAUGGAUAUUAUUGAUACUAACAUUGCUGUCUGCAAUAUGGGGUUUCUUGUUUGCAAUAUGUAUGUAUAUAGCUGUGAUAUUUCUUUUCUUCUCACUCAGCAAAAUAUACAUGAUAAAUGUGAUGCCUAUACAAUAAAUUCUAAAUGCAA